UCAGGUAGAUUUUUGUCAUGAUUCCUGUCAUUUUGAACGAAUGUAGAAUUAUCAAAAUUUUAGAUUAAGUACUAUGUUUUAUACCGUUUAGUGAUGGAAGAAUUAGUUGGGCAUAUACCGUUGUCUUUGGGUGCCAUACUGUUAAGAACCCUUGUCGAGUCCUACACUGGAAACUUGUUUCAGCCCUCGCAGUCGUCGUCGAUAAUCGGUUUAACUGCCGAAUUAGUACCUAAGGCGGCCACCGCGGUGUUGGUGUCUGGGGCGGCCGUAUGCGGUCUAUACAAACAAUUACGUAAAGGUACCCUGGUGAACGUGGGACUCGGCAAAAAGGUCUCUGGAAUGGUAAAGAACGCAAGAAAUUUGAUACAGCGACGUGAACGAAAUGGUGAUUCCUGGUUGCUUCGUAACAUCAACGGUUCCAGAAGGAACUGCAUGGAGGCCUUGGUAAAACUAAGCGAUCAGACUGAAGGGCGUCACCAAUUAUCAGUUCCAGCUCAACAAUCACCAAUAGGACAGUCGAAUAGUUCGCCAGCGUUCGGUCAACCGCAAUUUACUAACACUAGGGCCACGCAAGGUUCUAAGGAGGUACCGGUGGAAAAUCUUUAUAGUAACAACUUCUUUGGAAGCACCAACUAUUCCUCUCAAGAGAUCCGGAUGGCUAACCACUCUAGAGCGCCGAGUAAACGAAGGAAAUCGGUAAGUCGGAUGCCAAGUUUCCAGAGACCGAUCACGAGAAAUUAUCGGAAAGUGGUGAAAGCAGAUGAAGAACCAGAAAUAAGACCUCCGUCGGCACGGAAAAAGAGGUCAGAUCCGACCGACGACAUCAAAUCAAAGACCAGCAUCAACCAGUGUGAAAGCGAAGGAGCCUCAAAGCGAUCGCUACAUCGACUCAGAGACUUAUCAAGCACAAACAGACAGCAGAGGAGACGCGGCAAAAUUCAAAAAAUCACCCGUAAAACGAGAAGCGGCAAGAUUUACGUCUAUAGGAUAUGAGGGCCCUUUAAGAGAUUAAAACAAAUUUUAAAACAA